GUGAAAUCGGUCGAGUUCUCCUAAUCUCGUAUAAACUCCUUAUCAAGUAUUAAAAUAGAGGAUGAAUAACUCAACGAGGAGGGCCGGUCGACCAUCUUCGCUAACCCUAGCGUUUCCGCUGCUACCGUCGCCAACGUCGCCGGCCGAUCACGUCUUCUUUGUCCCUGCCGCGGGCCGCCAUCUCCCUUUCCUGAAGAACUGGCACCCCCGGGAGUCUGUUGAAUUGGGUUCCUAUAUCGAUCGAUCGAUCGAUAUGGCAACUGAAUCAAAGACUAGUGCUGCCCGCAAAGCUGGUCCGAUGGUUCCUCCAGCUGAGAUUUUGCAUAAGGCUUCUCAAUUUAAACGCUGGGGCAGGAAAUAUCCCUUCCUUCGAUAUGGUCUUCCACUCAUUUCCCUUACAGUCUUGGGAUCUGUUGGUCUUGCGCAUCUCAUACAAGGCAGCAAAGAAGUAAUAAAAGAAAAAGAUGAUCUGGAAUGGGAGAUUAUCGAAACAACAAAAGCACUCACUCGAACCGGCCCCAAGGACAGCUACAAGCCUAGCAAGCUCUCUUUGGAGGAGGAGCUUAAGGCUCUGCAACAAAAGAUUGACAUCAGCAAUUAUGAGUACAAGAGAAUUCCCAGACCAAAAGAAGGGAAAGAUAGCAAGAAUUGAGUAGAACAAACAUGGUGAUUGCCAUGAUCCUUCUACCAUCAGAACUGAGAUCAAGAGGAGAAAACAAAACAAUUCAUUCCUACUUAUCAACAUCGUCGGUUGUCCAAUAAAAAGAUAACAAAAAGUCGGCAUGGUUUCUUGCCAGGUUCUACGGGCGGGAGAACUCAGGAGACUCUCCAUACCCACUGCAGUGUAGGUGCUGUACUUCUUCUAUCUUCCUUAUGAUCGCCUCUAUUGUGUUUGUGGUCUGCACAGAAUUGCGACAUCUUCUCGAGUCAUAUCUGUAUGAACGAUACCAACCAUCUACUUAGAGGGAUGACAUAUAUGCCUGCAUGAAGGAUUCCAGACGGGGCUCCGUCAGGUCCACCGUCUCAUCGUCCGAUGAGCGCCAACUCCGACCAUUUGAUGUCAGCAGGAUCAGCCUCUCCAUGUGCUCAGCUGAUACAGCCGGCUCCGGUUUUGCUUGGUGGUCACCGCAGGAGUCUCUUUCGACUGGCAUUGGCAAUGAACAUGGAUUAUGGCAUCUCCCGGAGACUGCUCGAUUUGGAUCCUUCCUUUCAACUGCAACUUCUGGAGUUUGACUUCCGCUGGUGCGGCGAAUGCUGUGAGAGUAUGAACUCUGAAUAGUGCAAAAGAGAACCAUUUAUAUGAACCUUUGGAAGUAAAAAAGAUCUACGUACACAGCUUUACCUUUGGAAGCAAGCAAAUAAAGGUGUUACAUAGCAUGAACAUCGGUCAUAUAUCAACCAAUGUUCAGUGUGAUGUAGCCUAUUACAGAUAUUGCAAGUAAAUGCAUAAUCUGGUACUCUAUCAGCCAGGUAUCACAGUGAUCUAUCUAUUUAUCAAAAGUUGCUUAUAACUACUCUUGAUCACAGUAAUGUGGAAUUGUUACUGAAUAGUCAUUCUGGUGGAGAUAAUACCGCACAAGAAUAACAAGAAUUUUCAAGUA